AACUUGUGGUUUGUAGUUGUGACUCCAACACCAGCAAAACUUACAAUGUGUCACCAAGAAUUGUGUACAUGAGCAGUUUCAUAAGAAGUCAAAGAACACUGAAAGCAAAUCUCCAAAGAGUGAAGAAGUAGGCCAUGCUGGUGAAAGUCAACGCCUACUGAAUGAUUGAUGGCUUUUCUGCUUUGAGCUUUAAUCUCCUGUGUAAAGAAGUAAAGAAUUUGAAGUCAUCCAUCCAGUCUGACUUGGAAUUACAGUACUAUGAAGAUCUCUGAAGGAGAACUGGACUUGGGCACCACGGAUUACACAGUGGCCUUAGACCCGAGCUACACCAUGCUGGAGUUUGACAGCCUAAGAGUUCUCCCAGUGGACACAGAGCCAUUCAGGUCCGAGUCGUCCCAUGUAGCCACAGCUGGGAUGCCCCAAGCUGCUGCCAUGCUGUGCUCCAUUUGUGCAGAUAAAGCCACCGGGAAACACUAUGGGGCAUCCAGCUGCGAUGGCUGCAAAGGCUUCUUUAGGCGGAGUGUGCGCAAGAACCACGCUUAUACAUGCAGGUUUAGCAGGCAGUGUGUUGUGGACAAGGACAAGAGGAAUCAAUGUCGAUACUGCAGACUACGGAAAUGCUUCAGAGCAGGCAUGAGGAAAGAAGCUGUACAGAAUGAACGAGACAGGAUCAGCUGCCGUCGAGAAGCUCAGGGAGUCGGGACUUUGACCAUCAGCAUCCUACUGAAGGCAGAAGAGAGCACACAUCAGUUCUCUGUUCUGACUCCACCCAUGAAGGAAGUAAUUGCAAAGAAAAUCGCUCGCCCAGCAGAUGUUUGCGAAUCCAUUAAGCAGCAGCUCCUUCUCCUGGUGGAAUGGGCAAAACGCAUCCCAGAGUUCUGCGAGCUGCCGGUGGACGACAGGGUCAGCUUGUUGCGAGCUCACUCAGCUGAGCACCUCAUCCUGGGUUUGGCUCGUCGUUCGCUUCCUUAUAAUGAUGUCAUCCUGCUAGGAAAUGACUUCAUCAUCCCUGUGAAUGGUCCAGAGCUGGAGAUGUCCAAAGUGGCAGCACGUGUCUUGGAAGAGCUGGUCAGGCCUCUGAGAGACCUGGACAUAACCGACACGGAGUUCGCCUGUCUCAGGGCCAUCGUCUUUUUCGCCCCGGACUGCCCUGGGCUGGAGUGUGCUCAGAUGGUGCGCAGGCUGCGUUUUCAGGCCCAUGUGUUGUUGGACGAAGCAACGUGUGAGCAGCGUGGACGGUUUGGAGAACUGCUGCUGCUGCUGCCACCACUGCAAAGCACUGCCUGGCACAUGGUAGAACAGCUCCAGCUUGCCCGCCUGUUGGGAGAAGCCAGCAUGGACAACCUACUGCAGGAGAUGCUACUCGGAGAGUCAGCCACAGGCUCAAACCCAGAAGUGCUCAGUUUCAGCCCCCCUGUUGACCCGGUUCUGUCACGGAACCUACACCUGGAACAAGUGGCACUGCCAAACUUUACCUCGGUCAUCCUCCCUGUACCAUCCUCUCUAGCUGGAGUUCCUCUGCUUGCUGUCCAGUCUGGUGCUCAGCUCUACGCACACACACCUUCUGCAGAAAUGACACUGGACAUGGACAGCUGUCUCACCAAGUCUGCAGUCCACACAUGUCUCUGAGCACACACAAACACACACAUAUGCACAAACAUGCGCACAAGCACAUCGUGUAUACAUACAAACACUCAUACGCACUGCAUAAUGCUGUCUUAUUCAGAUACACAUACACACUGUUAAUGUUUGCUAAUGUCCAGGUAUAAUAAGAUGAAUCUUUAGCUUUACAUUCUCUCUUAUACCAAAACCAUUAAAAACACUUAUUUCGAAUUAGUUGUUAGCAUUCAUGCCUAGCAAUAGCAUUUAAGGAGCACAGACCGUAACCAAAAAACAUCACCAAAUCUUAUUUGCCAACCAAAGGAAUGUCAUUUUUCAUAAAUGCAUUUAAACUCAUGUUCCUAAAAUGUUUUUUACCGAAACCAUAGACACCAUGCUCCUGAGAAUGGCACAUUUUGUUGUUAAUAAUGUGAGAAAAUUUGCCUAAAGGAAACAUGAACUGAUUUUGCUUGUCACAAACUAAACAGAGAGUAUUUUAUUUAUCAGAGGGCACACAAGGUUAUCAAUAACACAUUUGAAUUUCACAUUGCUGGAUGUCUAGACAUGAUUUCAUUUCCUAUGUUUCAUAAAAUUACACUUUUGUUAGCGUUAGAUUUUGAUACUUAUCUGAUCUUGUGGUACUGGACAUAUAGCACAUGUAAAUUAUUCAGUUAUAUUGUCAGAAUAUAAUAAAAUUUUAGCUGAUUUUUUCGAUCAUAUAACAAAGUGUGCAUAGAUAUAAAUCAUCGCCAGCAGAGGGAGCUGAUGGACCUAAAUGGCUUUUCCAAAGUAUAAUUUUGUUCUGAAUUAGCAAAUGAGCUGCAUGGAACAGUAAUAAAAUUGAAUUUACACAAUUACAAAACAAGAUGGUUUUAAUGGAAUAAAGCAUGUCCAUCAUGCUUGCAAUUAAAGAAAUCACUGACAGAGUUACUGUUAAAACAGCAAAUAAUUUUUUUUAAACAGCACACAAGUACACAAUUUACAUCACAAGAUCUUAUUUUUUUUCAGGAUUAUUCCUUUAAGAGCAGAUUCCUUUUUUUGUGCCAUCAUUUCUAACGUCACAUGUUUAGUUUAUAAUAUCAUACAAUCUAUAUCACAAUAUAAGUUCAGUUUUUUAGUUGUGAUUAGAUUUUGCAUUUUAACUUUAACUCUCUGUUUCAGACACUAAUUUUGUGAAUAGUGAUUUGGGAACACUUUGAAUACCUUAAUAUCAUCUGUGUUUUUAUAAAUAAGACACUUCAUUUGGCAUUAUAUUAUGUGUAUAUAUAGACUUACACAUGUGCUGUAAUUAUUCCAUUUUACUUGUUGAAUAAAGUUGUUUGUCUGCUUA